AUGAUGAUGAGCUUAUCAACUAAAGCUUACAAUUUGCUUACCAUCAUCUUUUUACUAAUAUUAAUUCUAAAAGUAACAUCAACGGCUAGUCUGCGCUAUGCCAGGCCAGGUUGCAGGGAUAGAUGUGGGAAGGUGAGAAUCCCGUUCCCAUUUGGCAUCGGCGAAAACUGUGCUGUCAACAAAUACUACGUUAUUAAAUGCGUCAACUCGUCGACACCAUAUCUAUCAGCUCCUGCACUCAACCACCUUGAAGUCAUGAGUAUUGAUAUGAAACGUCACACUGUCACUGUUAAUAAUGCGCGAACAUCAAUCUCAGAUUGCCAAGAUCAUCCAGUAGUCCUGAAUAGCAGCAGUAGUCGUAGUAAUCUACGGAUAAAGAGUGUCGAUCUUGAUACGACCCCCUUCCGGUUUUCCAUAUCUUAUAACAUUCUAGUGGUUGAGGGCUGUGGCAAUGUGAUCAUCUCGCACAACAGUACUGUGCUCAGUGGGUGUUCCACCAUUUGCCGUAAUUAUAAUAGUGAUAGUAGUAUCGCUGCAGUUGUGACAAGAGAGAAAAAUAGUAAUGACUGCCUUGGUAUCACUUGUUGCGAAACAGGAUUUGGCGAUGCAGAGGAUCUGACGUCGUACACCGUGGAGCUGAUCACAGGGUUGGAAACGAAUGACAGAAGAGGAGGUUUAUGUGGGUCUGCUUUCUUGGUGGAUCGAGAUUUAUAUGUUCAAGGAAGGUUCUCAAAAGGGGUGGUUGUUCCGGUGACACUUGGUUGGACUCUUACAGAAUAUGACUUCCAACAUAUAACUUGUUGUGAUCGAGUCGCUGACAGAGAUUACGGCAUGUUUACGACGACUAUGCCAGUGCUUAUGUCUGAUGGUACUUCUAGUUAUUCAUUAGAUUGUAAAGACUCGUCCAAUAUCGAAGGAAACAUUUAUUUAAGAGAUGGAUGCGCUGUCAAGGCAGAAUGCGCAAGUUGCAUGGCAAAAUCAGGAGGUUACUGUAAUUACAAUAACCCGACCUUCGAGUGCACCCCUACUGAUCAUGCAAGUCCACAGUUAUCCAAGGGUGUCAUUCUUGGUGUUAGUAUUAGCAUGGGAGUAGUUUUUCUUGUUAUGUUCUGCAGUGCAUUGUACAAACUGUACAAAAGAACAAUAGACAAGAGACGACGAAAGAGGUUUUUCAAACGCAAUGGUGGUUUGCUUCUAAAACAACAAGAAGAAGCUCAUCCAUCUAUAGUUCAUAAAACGAUACUUUUCACGGCACGGGAGUUAGAUAAGGCUACUGAAAAUUUCAACGAGGACAGAAUUAUUGGCCGAGGAGGCCAAGGUACCGUUUACAAGGGUAUGUUAGUUGAUGGAAGGAUUGUGGCGGUGAAGAAAUCAAAACUAGUUGAUGAAAGCCGGUUAGAGCAGUUCAUCAAUGAGGUCGUCAUUCUUUCACAAGUAAAUCAUAGGAAUGUGGUUAAGUUAUUGGGAUGUUGUUUAGAGACAGACGUUCCUCUUCUAGUGUCUGAGUUCAUUCCAAAUGGUACCUUGUACAAACAUCUUCACGAUGAGACUCAUGAGUUUCCAAUUUCGUUAAAUAUGAGAUUGCAAAUAGCUGUAGAUGUUGCAGGGGCACUUGCUUACUUGCAUUCAGCAACUUCCAUUCCAAUAUACCACAGGGACAUCAAAACCACUAAUAUACUUUUAGAUGAUAAAUAUAGGGCCAAAGUUUCAGAUUUUGGAACUUCAAGGUUUGUAUCAAUAGAUCAAACUCAUUUGACUACCUUAGUUAAAGGUACGUUCGGCUACCUAGAUCCUGAAUAUUUUCGAUCUAGCCAAUUUACCGAAAAGAGUGACGUUUAUAGCUUUGGAGUUGUUUUGGUUGAACUUUUAACCGGAGAGAGGCCAAUUUCGCUAACUAGAUUUGGAGAACACAGAAGUCUGGUUACAUAUUUUAUGUUGGCUAUGGAAGAAGGACGUGUUAUGUCUACUUUUGAUGCAACAGUCACUAAAGAAGGUACUAGGGAUGAGCUUCUUUCGAUAGCUAACCUUGCAAUGCGAUGCCUCAAUCCAAAUGGAAUAAAUAGACCAACAAUGAAAGAAGUAGUUAUGGAGUUGGAAACCAUACGAACAUCAAGCAUUCUAUCUACGGCUCAAACCAACAUCAUACCCAUGAUAUAUGGUAAAUCAACAUCAACAAGUUUUGAUGCAUUAAGUAGUCAAUGA